UCGUCCAGACCCCCUUUUCUUCUUCCUUCCUUUAUUUAUUUCUUCUUCUUCUUCUGGUUUUCUUCCUCUUUUGCUCGUCUCAGUUAUCAUCUACAUGGCAAUUCCAAAAAAAAAAGAGCGGCUCCUGAUCCAGACCUUGCAGCUAAAAGAGGCACAGAUAUUACUGGUCAGGGAGAGAACGUAGGCGGGGUCCUUGUAAAUGAUGAUCCAAAUGAGCCUACCAUGGCUGAGAAACUUGCAAGUUUAGAUUUAAUAGAAAAUCGAAAAACUGAAACCAAUGAAAACCAAGAAAGAAGAGAACCCUCUCCUCGUGGCAAGCUUCCCACUGCAGAUUCAGUUAAUGUUCUGCUUAAGCAGGCAUUGCAUGCCGAUGAUGGUGCUUUUCUGUUAGAUUGCUUAUACACUCAAGAUGAGAAGGUUAUAGCAAAUACAGUAUCUCAGUUGAAUCCAUAUGAUGUUCUUAAGCUUUUACAAUCUCUUGUAUCUAUAACGCAAUCGAGGGGCGCCGUAUUGGCAUGUUCCCUCCAUUGGAUAAAAAGUUUACUACUUCAUCAUGCCAGUGGAAUCAUGUCCCAGGAAGCAUCUCUUCUUGCUCUGAACUCUUUGUAUCAGCUUAUUGAAUCUAGAGUCUCAACUUUUGAAUCAGCUCUUCAAAUAUCAAGUUGCUUAGACUUCCUUUAUGCAGGAAUUGUUGAGGAUGAGGUUGAUGAAAAUCCCACAAUUCCAGUAAUAUUUGAGGACACGGAUGAGAGUGAGAAAGAGGAAUCAGAAGAUGAAAUGGAAACUGAUGAUGAAGAGAAGGAAAAUGAGGAAGCAGUUGAUGCAUCUGAUGACAUCAGUGAUUUCGAAGGGUUUGAUGAUUUGAGUGACUGAUGAAGAAUUAUGACCAGUUCGGGUUCGUUCUGUUUAAAGCUCAUAAAGUGAUCUGGUAACCAUCAUAAGAAGAUGGAAAGCAAGGAGUUUCACAGAUGAUCACCUUGUUUCCAGGAUCAUAACAUAAACUAAUUUUAAGUUUAA